AUCAAACCCCUCGAAAACAGCUGAUCAAUAACUUAAUAACACUAGUAGAACCUUCUCCAUCUCUAGUCAAGUUUCGUUUAACAACGCUCACGUGCUUUGUGUCUAUAACCAAAUUCAUUAGUUCCUUACUGUUUAUGUUUGUAAAUUUAUUGUUUAUGCUAAACCACGAUGAAUAAGAAGAAGAAAACGUCUUUGGGAAGAGCAUUAAUAAAAGAUAGAUUUUCCAAGAAAGGUAGAAGAACCAAUGAUUCGUUUCUUCAUACUGCAGAACUAAAUGAUGGUUAUGAAUGGGCACGUCUAAAUCUCCAAUCUGUUACUGAAGAAGAUUCUUUUCAAGACUUUCUCUCUACAGCACAGCUUGCUGGCACUGAAUUUCAGGCUGAAAGAUUGAACAUUACCUUUGUAAAUCCUAAAGUUGGUGUUGGAUUGUUAUCUAAAGAAGAAUUUAAAAAGUAUGAACAAAAUAAAAUUGAAAAGAAAGAUCUCUUGAAAAUUCCACGAAGGCCUAAAUGGAAUGAAAACACUACUACUGAAGAGUUGCAAACUGCGGAAAGGGAAAAUUUUCUUGAAUGGAGGAGGAACCUUGCUGUAUUACAAGAGGAAGAAGGAAUCACUCUUACUCCAUAUGAGAAGAACUUAGAUUUCUGGAGACAACUUUGGAGAGUUGUUGAAAGAAGUGAUGUAGUAGUUCAGAUAUUGGAUGCUCGUAACCCUUUACUUUUUCGCUGUGAAGACCUUGAGAAAUAUGUGCAUGAAGUUGAUCCUGAGAAAAUUAAUGUUCUUCUUCUUAACAAGUCAGAUUUCUUGACUGAAGAGCAAAGAAGAGCAUGGGCCCAGUACUUUGAUGAUGUUGGAAUUAAAAUAGCAUUUUUCUCAGCUAAAGAUGCUGCUCUUGAGGAAUUGAAGGAAUCGGAUGAAGAAAAAGAAGCUGGUGUGGUCUCUGAGAACAGUGAAAAAUUAGUUGAAUCUGACAAUGAAAAUUCUGAUGGAGCAGAUGAUGUUCUUGAAGAAGACAAUUUUAGCGAGAACAAUGAUAGUGACAGUGACGAAAAUUCCUCAUAUAAAAGCUGUGAAAAUGAAAGCAGUCCUGAAGAUAAUUUAGAAGACCUAGACUUAAAUACAGAUACAGUUUCAGAAAAAGAAAGGAACUCAUCUAAGCUGCUUGGACGUGAGGAGUUGAUAGAGUUUUUCAGAAGUUUUACAAAAGACUUCGAUAGUGUUGAAUCAAAAGGACAUGUCACUAUUGGUUUAGUUGGAUAUCCAAAUGUAGGGAAGAGUUCAACCAUUAACGCAUUACUAGCAGAUAAAAAGGUUUCCGUGUCUGCUACGCCAGGAAAAACAAAACAUUUUCAGACUCUUUACCUAAGGAAAGAUGUCAUGUUGUGUGACUGUCCUGGUUUAGUAAUGCCGAGUUUUGUUUCUACAAAAGCUGAAAUGAUACUUAAUGGUAUUCUUCCGAUUGAUCAAAUGAGGGAUCAUGUUUCUCCUACAUCACUCCUAGUCACAUUGAUUCCAAGAAGUGUUAUAGAAUCAGAAUAUGGUAUAAUGAUUCCAAAACCUCUUGAAGGUGAAGAUCCUGAAAGACCUCCUACAUCAGAAGAGCUUCUUAAUUCUUAUGCUUAUUGCCGCGGAUUCAUGACACAAAAUGGUCAACCUGAUAAUCCAAGAGCCUCACGUUAUAUUUUAAAAGAUUUUGUUACUGGUCGGUUGUUAUAUUGCUUUGCACCUCCAGGAAUAGCUCAAGAGGAGUUUCAUAAAUUUAAAAUAAAAAAUAAAAAACCAUCACAACUAACCGCACCAGCGGCACGUGCUGUUAGAGUUACAAAAGUUUCUGGUGAUGAUUUAGAUAAAGCUUUUUUCAAUAAAAAUCCAAAAGGUGUUCACCAAAAGGGAAUUCAGAAAGUAGGACCUGCUGAUGUCAAAUCAAAUGUUGCUGCUGAUGGGAGUAAACCAUGGAAAAAUCAUAAAGAGAAAAGAAACAAAAAAGAAAAAUUAAGAAGAGUAUAUAGAUAUCUUGAUGAAUAAAUUUAAUCCAUGCAACAUUUGUAAAUUCCUAUUUUAAGUUAUCAGCUGUAUUAAAAUUUUAUUUUAAUUAUUUGUUUAUUUUUAUAGUGUAAAUAUAUUAUUAUAAAAUAAAAAAGCUGUUUAUAAU